GGAGCGGCUUCACUAAGUGGAGGAAAAUCCUGCCAUCGGGAUGAUAUUGAUCACAUAGCACAACCGAGUGACAAUUUGGGUUGGUAUUUUGGUUUUGUGUUUACAAAGUAGUCAGACCUUCUGGAAGCAAUGAGGCUCGCAUUUUGUGGUAACGACAAUGCUUCAGCCUAUAACAUCAGUGCUGGUGUCCUAAGAAAUGUCUGCUUUGUGGAUGCCCUCAACUUGGUUCCCCAUGUCUUCUUGCUAUUUAUCACCUUCCCAAUUUUGUUCAUUGGCUGGGGAAGCCAAAGCUCCAAAGUCCAGAUUCACCACAAUACCUGGCUGCACUUCCCUGGACACAACCUGCGGUGGAUCCUGACAUUCACCCUCCUGUUUGUACAUGUGUGUGAAAUAGCAGAGGGCAUAGUUUCCGAUACACAAAUGAAAUCUCGCCAUCUGCAUCUCUUUCUACCAGCUAUAAUGGGAUUUGUGGCUGCCACUGUAUCCAUAGUCUAUUACCACAAUAUUGAAACAUCUAACUUUCCAAAGUUACUGUUGGCUCUCUUUCUUUACUGGAUAAUGGCCUUUGUCACCAAAACGAUCAAGCUUGUCAGAUACUGCCAGGAUGGUGUGUCAUUUUCUCAACUGCGUUUCUGCAUCACUGGAAUUAUGGUCAUUCUCUAUGGGCUGCUGAUGGCUGUGGAGAUCAAUGUCAUUCGAGUUAGGAGGUAUGUUUUUUUCAUGAACCCUCAGAAAGUAAAGCCACCAGAGGAUCUACAGGACCUGGGGGUGAGGUUUCUGCAGCCAUUUGUCAAUUUGCUCUCAAAGGCGACUUACUGGUGGAUGAAUACUCUUAUUAUAUCUGCUCACAAGAAACCUGUGGACCUGAAGGCUAUUGGAAAGCUUCCAAUUGCAAUGAGAGCACUGACAAAUUACAUUUGUCUCAAAGAAGCAUAUGAGGAACAAAAGAAAAAGGUAGCAGACCAGCCCAAUCGGAGUCCCUCCAUAUGGUUAGCCAUGUACAGUGCUUUUGGACGACCAAUUCUCCUCAGCAGCACAUUCCGUUACUUGGCUGACUUGCUGGGUUUUGCUGGGCCAUUGUGCAUUUCUGGCAUUGUCCAGGGCUUCCAGAAUACAACCAAUAAUACAAAUACGACAGAAAAGGUGAAGGAUCCAUCAAAUUCAUAUCUUUCCUCAGAGGAAUUCCUCAGAAAUGUUUAUGUUUUGGCAGUUCUUCUUUUCCUGGCCCUUAUCUUGCAGAGGACAUUCCUGCAGGCAUCCUACUAUGUAACUACAGAAACUGGCAUCAACCUACGAGGUGCUUUACUGGCGAUGAUAUAUAAUAAGAUCCUGAGGCUUUCGACAUCCAACUUGUCCAUGGGAGAGAUGACACUGGGACAAAUCAAUAACUUGGUUGCCAUAGAAACAAAUCAAUUAAUGUGGUUCUUGUUCCUGUGCCCCAAUCUGUGGGCAAUGCCUGUUCAGAUAAUAAUGGGUGUGAUCCUACUCUACAAUUUACUUGGAAUGAGUGCAUUGGUCGGUGCCGCUGUCAUUGUACUGUUAGCUCCAAUACAGUACUUCAUAGCUACGAAGCUGGCUGAGGCUCAGAAGAGCACUCUCGACUAUUCUACUGAAAGAUUAAAGAAAACCAAUGAGAUACUAAAAGGCAUUAAGUUAUUAAAGCUGUAUGCCUGGGAGCACAUAUUUUGUACUAGCGUGGAAGAAACAAGAAUGAAGGAACUCACCAGUCUCAAAACCUUUGCGCUUCAUACAUCUCUUUCCAUUUUUAUGAAUGCGGCCAUACCAAUAGCUGCUGUUCUUGCAACCUUUGUGACUUACGCGUAUACCAAUGUCAAGCCGCUGCAGCCCGCCCAGGCCUUUGCAUCCCUCUCAUUGUUUCACAUCCUGGUCACACCGCUGUUCCUGCUCUCCACUGUGGUUCGUUUUGCAGUCAAGGCUAUCGUAAGUGUACAGAAGCUGAAUGAGUUUCUCCUGAGUGAUGAGAUUGGAGAUGACAGCUGGAGAGGUGGGGACAGCUCUGUAGCUUAUGAAUCCUGUAAGAAGCACACAGGACUUCACACCAAGGCCAUCAACAGGAGGCAGCCUUUGAGGUAUCAGCUUGAAAGCUAUGAACAGCCAACAAGGAAGCAAACACGUCCUGUGGAGAUAGAUGAUAUCGCAAUCAAGGUGACCAAUGGAUACUUUUCAUGGGGAAGUGGUUUAGCUACGUUGUCCAACAUAAACAUCAGAAUCCCAACAGGUCAGAUGACAAUGAUUGUGGGUCAGGUUGGCUGUGGCAAGUCUUCACUUCUCCUUGCUAUAUUGGGAGAGAUGCAGACGCUGGAGGGAAAAGUCCACUGGAGCAAUGUAAAUGAAACUGAACCUUCUUUUGAAGCAUCCAGAAGUAGAAACAGAUACUCAGUGGCUUAUGCAGCUCAGAAGCCGUGGCUGCUGAAUGCAACCGUGGAGGAGAACAUUAUCUUUGGGAGCCCAUUUAAUAAACAGAGGUAUAAAGCUGUUACAGAUGCGUGCUCGCUGCAGCCUGACAUUGACUUACUACCAUUUGGUGAUCAGACGGAAAUUGGAGAAAGGGGGAUUAAUUUAAGUGGCGGCCAACGACAGAGAAUCUGUGUAGCUCGAGCACUCUAUCAGAACACCAACAUUGUCUUCUUGGAUGACCCAUUCUCUGCGCUGGACAUUCACUUAAGUGAUCAUUUAAUGCAGGAAGGGAUUUUGAAGUUUCUGCAAGAAGACAAGAGGACUCUUGUUCUGGUGACACAUAAAUUACAAUACCUACCACAUGCCGACUGGAUCAUAGCAAUGAAGGAUGGAAUGGUGCUUAGAGAAGGGACACUAAAGGAUAUCCAAACCAAAGAUACUGAGCUAUAUGAACACUGGAAAACUUUGAUGAAUCGCCAAGAUCAAGAAUUGGAAAAGGAUAUGGAAGCUGACCAGACUACUCUUGAGAGAAAAACCCUUAGAAGGGCCAUGUACCCCAGAGAAUCCAAAUCACAACUGGAAGAUGAAGAUGAAGAGGAAGAAGAGGAAGAGGAUGAAGAUGAUAAUAUGUCAACUGUCUUGAGGCUCAGGACAAAGAUGCCGUGGAAAACCUGCUGGAGAUAUCUAACCUCUGGAGGAUUUUUCUUGCUCUUUCUGAUGAUUUUCUCAAAGUUGUUGAAGCACUCAGUUAUAGUGGCCAUAGAUUAUUGGCUUGCUACAUGGACAUCCAUGGACAAUGCAAAUGAAACUUAUCAUGUAGCUGUCUUCAGCACCCUCUCUGGAGCAGGGAUUGUCCUUUGCCUCAUCACAUCUCUGACUGUGGAGUGGAUGGGCCUCACAGCAGCCAAGAACCUACACCAUAAUCUCCUCAACAAAAUCAUCCUUGGACCAAUCAGGUUCUUCGAUAUGACUCCAUUGGGGCUAAUUCUAAAUCGCUUCUCUGCUGAUACAAAUAUCAUUGAUCAGCACAUUCCUCCUACGCUGGAGUCUCUUACUCGGUCCACCUUACUCUGCCUGUCAGCCAUUGGAAUGAUCUCCUAUGCCACUCCAUGGUUCCUUGUUGCCCUCGUGCCUCUUGGGAUAGCAUUUUAUUUCAUCCAGAAAUACUUCAGAGUUGCUUCCAAGGACCUCCAGGAACUUGAUGACAGCACCCAGCUACCUUUACUCUGUCACUUCUCUGAGACAGCUGAAGGCCUUACCACCAUUAGAGCGUUCAGGCACGAAGCCAGAUUUAAACAACGUAUGCUGGAACUAACGGACACGAACAACAUUGCCUACUUAUUUCUAUCGGCUGCCAACAGAUGGCUGGAGGUCAGGACGGAUUACCUUGGUGCUUGUAUAGUUCUGACUGCAGCUGUCACUUCCAUCACUGAAGGGCCUCACUCAGGGUUUGUGGGGCUAGGUCUCCUGUACGCUCUGACGAUAACCAACUAUUUGAACUGGGUGGUGAGGAAUCUGGCUGAUCUGGAGGUGCAGAUGGGUGCAGUAAAAAAAGUACACAGCUUCCUGAACAUGGAGUCGGAGAACUAUGAUGGCUACUUGGAUCCUUCUCAAGUCCCCAAAGACUGGCCCCAGGAGGGGGAAAUCAAGAUUGAAAAUUUGUGCGUUCGAUAUGAAAACAACCUGAAGCCUGUUCUUAAGCACGUUAAGGCGUAUAUCAAACCAGGACAAAAGGUUGGGAUCUGUGGUCGUACUGGCAGUGGCAAGUCAUCCCUGUCUUUGGCGUUCUUCAGAAUGGUGGACAUAUUCGAUGGGAGGAUAGUGAUUGACGGAAUAGACAUCAGCAAAUUGCCUCUUCAUACUCUCCGUUCCCGACUGUCCAUUAUUCUCCAGGAUCCAAUAUUGUUCAGUGGCUCCAUCCGCUUUAAUUUGGAUCCAGAAUGCAAAUGCACCGAUGAUAGGCUCUGGGAAGCUUUGGAGAUUGCUCAGUUGAAGAACAUGGUCAAGUCAUUGCCAGGAGGCCUUGAUGCAAUGGUCACAGAAGGAGGAGAGAACUUCAGUGUAGGGCAAAGGCAGCUCUUCUGUCUGGCCCGAGCCUUUGUCCGCAAAAGUAGCAUUCUCAUCAUGGAUGAAGCCACAGCUUCUAUUGACAUGGCCACAGAAAACAUUUUGCAGAAGGUUGUGAUGACUGCUUUUGCAGACCGCACAGUUGUGACAAUAGCGCAUCGGGUUCACACCAUCCUGACUGCAGACCUGGUCAUCGUCAUGAAGCGAGGGAACAUUUUAGAAUAUGAUACGCCUGAGAACCUACUUUCUCAAGAAGACGGCAUCUUUGCUUCAUUUGUCCGGGCUGACAUGUGAAGAAUCACAUGAUGCAUUUUAAUAGCUUAUUUUUAAACAAAUGAAAUGCAAAUAUUUUCUAUUCAAUGUAACAUCACUUUUACCUUUUUUUUUUUAAGCUUCUUUCUUCACACUUCCGUCUUCCAAAAUAAUAAAACCUAUUGCAAUACAUGUAUGCCUCAAAGCAAUAAAAAUGUCACUUCAUUCAAAAGCUAUUAAAUUUCACACACACACACACACACACGCACACACAGAGGCAGAAGUUUUUAUUUCCUGGGAAUUUGGCAUUUUCCCUAGACUUUUUAGUGACUUUAUUUUCUUUUAUAGAGAGCAAAAGAAUGCACUGUUCUUAUAAACUGCAUAUGUUAUGCUGGAACCGGCAAUCAAAUUGUGCAGUUUGUCAAGGAAAUGAGAGAUCCCCAGAAGCAUUCUGUCCCUGGAGGGGAAAAAUUAAAAAGAAAAAACAAAUCUAAACCCAUAACACUUGGGGCAAUCUGCUGCAUUCCAAAGGCAUAAACUUUGCUCUUCAAGUUGUAGUGGGGGAGCAGUGAAUGAGGGAAAGGAAUUUAAUCAGAAAUAAGGAAAUUCUUCCUGUCCUUCACUUUAGUUAGCACACUAUAGUUGUCACAGUACUAUUUUUCAGUGCAAUGGUGGCUUAUCCCUACAGUCAGUUCCUAAAUCCAUAUU